AUGCCAGGUGGAUCGUCAGCUGUCAUUAACAAUAUGUAUGUUGAUGACUUAGUUAUCAGUUUUGCAAGUGCGCAAGAAGCCGAAGAAGUCGCCAAGGAAGCAGUUGCUAUAAACUCUGCUGCAGGGUUUACGCUAAGGAAAUUUGUGUCAAACGACAAAGGUCUUCAAGCCGAACUGAAUGGCGAGAACAAUUUCGCAGAUAGUGUUGUAGACAUGGAGCGAAAGUCUAUUGUCGACAAGGUGUUGGGUAUGUACUGGAAUACCCUCACUGACUGCUUCGAGUUCCACACAAGGUUUCACAAGAUCGCACGUGAUGUUCUUGAUUGCACAAGGCCGCCAACAAAACGCGAACUCUUAGGGAUCGUGAUGGCUAUAUACGAUCCAUUCGGAUUUUUAGCUAAUGUCACAGUAUGUAUGAAGAUUCUGCUGCAGUCUUUGUGGAAGCGUCAAGUCGAUUGGGAUGAACCAAUCCCGAACCAACUCGUUGUGCAGUGGACGUCAUGGUGGACAAGUUUUCAAAAGGUAAAUAAACUUUCCAUCCCAAGAUGCCAUUCUACAAUGCUGCCAGUAGCAGACGAGGUGCAGUUACAUGUGUUCGUGGAUGCCAGUUCUAGUGCAUAUGCAGCCGUCGCGUAUCUGCGCAUAUGCAAAGGGGAAGACGUUGAUAUCGCAUUUGUCGCCGCUAAAUCGCGUUGUGCUCCUCUUAAGGGCAUGACAAUUCCCCGCUUGGAACUGCAAGCCGCAGUUCUUGGUAGCCGUCUUCAGAAGUCAGUUGUGGAAUACCACGACUUCAAUAUACAUCGCAUCGUAUUGUGGAGUGACUCAAAGACAGUAUUGCUCUGGAUCCGCUCGACGACUAGAGAAUACAAACAAUUCGUCGCUGGUAGAAUCGCCGAAAUCAUUUCUAGCACAAACCCAUUACAGUGGAGAUGGUUUCCCUCGUCGUUGAAUGUUGCCGACGAUGCCACACGAGGUCAGCCCAUGACAGAAUCCGAUGCACGAAACCGCUGGUUCAAGGGGCCUACCUUUCUGCAACUCCCAGAAUCCGAGUGGCCAAAAGAAGUUACGCCACUUACGUCAACAGAAUGUGCUGCCGAGGAGAAGAAAAUCUUUCUUCUCAACUCAACAACAGAUGAGUAUGUCAUUAAUUUUACAAAAUUUUCGUCUUUUUUGAAGUUACUGAGGGUAACGAGCUGGGUGUUACGAUUCAACUUUAACGCAAGAAACCGUAUUCGCCGUUCAGGAGAGCUAAAAGCAUUUGAGAUCACUGACUCAGAAGUCUUCGUAUGUCGCCGCGUUCAGGAAGAGGUCUUUCCUAACGAAUUAGAAGAGUUGCUCUCCAAGCAAAAAGUGUCGAAGUCGAGCCCGUUAUACCAACUUACGCCAUUUUUAGACAUCGAUGGUUUGAUUAAAGUGAAUGGCCGCAUCGAUGCAGCAUAUUGCCUCCCUCUAUCGGCACGUCGUCCAAUCAUAAUGCCUCAACGCCACCACGUAACCAGUCUCUUAGUUUCAUAUUGGCACAAAAAGCUUCAUCAUCAGAAUGAUUGUCUCACAAUAAAUCAAAUUCGUCAAAAGUUCUGGGUACCACACAUCCGAGCAGUGCUUACGUCAGUAAAAAAGCGUUGUUCCGUAUGUAUCAUCAACACAGCCAAGCCAAGUGCGCCGAUGAUGGGUCAAUUGCCUGUCGAUCGCCUCACGCCUUACGUUCGUCCAUUCAGCUACACAGGAGUCGAUUACUGCGGUCCAUUUUUCGUCACUAUUGGUCGUCGUAGAGAGAAACGCUGGGUUGCGUUAUUCACGUGUUUAACCGUCAGAGCCAUACACCUGGAGGUAGCUGAGGAUUUAUCGACCGAUGCGUUCAUAAUCUGCAUCAGAAACUUCAUCAACCGUCGUGGCACACCCGUACGAAUGCGAAGCGAUAACGGAACUAAUUUCGUUGGCGCCCAAAAACUAUUACGCGUCGAAGAGAGACUAUUUGACUUUAACCGUAUUGAACAAGAUUGCGCCGAACGCGGUAUAGAGUGGAUCUUUAAUUGCCCUGCGAACCCGGCUGCUGGAGGAUGCUGGGAAAGAUUGGUUCAGUGUGUAAAGCGACUUUUGGAGCGAGUGCUAAAGGAAGAAGCGCCUCGUCUGGAAAUAUUCAGAAGUACUUUAAUUGAAGCUGAAAACAUCUUAAACAGCCGUCCGCUUACAGAUAUUCCAAUCUCACAUCACGACCAAGAGCCGCUAACGCCGAACCACUUUUUGUUGGGUUGCCUGAAUUCAACGCAAACUCCAAGUCUCGAAGAAGAAAAGUUGUGCACCAGAAAGCAAUGGAGAAUUUCGCAAGCCUUGAAAGAUCGUUUGUGGAAAAGGUGGACCAGUGAGUAUUUGCCAUCCCUAAUAUGUCGCCCAAAAUGGAGGGAACAAGUCAAACCACUACAGCCAGGACAGUUGGUAAUAGUAUGCGAACCAAAUUUCCCGAGAAGUAAAUGGCUCAAAGGCAGAAUUAAGGAAGUGUUCGCCGCAAAGGAUGGCCAAGUCCGAUCCGCUAUAGUUCAAACCAGCACAGGAGAUUUGCGAAGACCAGCCGCAAAGCUAGCCGCUUUAAAUAUUUGUGAAUCCCAAUAA